AUGGCAGAAAACUUCAACAGGUCCAGCAGCCCUGAAUCCCCAGUUUCCCCACCUCCUGGUUUUCCAGCCAAGGUGAGCACUCAAGUUAGAGCUGUUGCCGAUUCCUCCAUUGUAGCUCACCAAAAUGACCACCUUCCUCAAAAGAUGAAUUCUCUUAUUCAUCAGAAUCCUGUUGGCCACCUUAGCUUGGGAGAAAUUAAGAAAACAGAUACUGCGACAAAUAAGGUUUUAGUAACAGAUGAAGCGGUGAAAACCACACUACACCUUGGCUCUACAAGCCGAAAAACAACCCCAUUGAUCAAUUAUCUAGGUAUCCCUGACCUUAAUGAACCAAUUGUCAACCACCACCCAGAUCAAUCACUCUGUAACACCAAAAGUAUGUCCCAGAGGAGGAGGAGACGUGCAACCAGAAAGCAGAAUAGGCCCGUUCGGUUUGUUAAAUCACCUGAAGGAUUAACAAAUGUGCCUGAAAAUCCUAAUGGUCGAGGAGUUCAAGGACGGGGCAGAAGAACCAUGAUUUCUGAUAAGCAAGAACAAGCUAGGCCGAGCCAACAAGCAGCUGCAUAUAGUGGGGAGGAGGCUCUGGUAGAAGUCGAGGUCAAGUGGGAGAUAUAG